AUGAUCAUCACCUAUCCCGGUUCUUUGUUCUCACUUGCAGUUGUUCUGCAACUAUGCAGUUCGGCCUGGGGCCAAGAUGGAUUAUACGGCAUCGAGGUGGACCAGUUAUUUCCCUCUGUCAAGCUCGAACUCCAUUCAGAUGAGGAUUCGCCCAAGGCUGACUCACCAUGGUCAUAUGAACCAGUUUGUACAGCAGAGAUAAAGUCGAUUGGCAGUGCACUCUGCGUAUAUACACAGAAAGAUUUUUCUGAUGGCCGAGGAAUAUCACUCUUUACCACUCCAGACGUCGCUCGUCAAAUAUUAGCUUCGUUGCCAUUCAGCAGUCCGAGCUCACUGGCCGGCUCCGGGAGCAACAUCCCUCAGGACUCUUGGUUUACCAAACCAGUACCUGGCAAAGGCAUCGGAGUUUUCGCGAAGAAGCCUAUCCCACGAGGACAAGUGGUGACUGCCAAUACUCCAGUGUUGAUGGUUUACACGGAAACAUUUCUUCCCAAGGCUGAACGUGAAGCCCUCCUACGCCUCGCGACAGACCAGCUCCCUCCUUCUUCCAGGGAAGCACUACUCUCCCUUUCCAAAGUCUUCAACAAUUCUGAGAUUCCAAUCCAAGAUAUCAUAGCAGGGAACGCAUUCGGACUUGAAAUCGGAGCCCAAGGUCACUUAGCGGUGUUUCCCGAAGUCUCUCGAGUCAACCAUGACUGCAGUCCAAACUCACAAUUCUACCUGGAUUCUGAUUCCUUGACCCAUUUUGUUCGUGCCAUCCGUCCCAUUGCGGAGAACGAGGAAGUAACCAUCGCCUAUUCUAAUCCCCUGGCGCCCUUCUCCGAUCGUCAAAAGGCCCUGUUCAAAGGUUUCCAUUUCAACUGCGGCUGUUCACGGUGUUUGCGUGGCGAAGCUGCUGAUAUGCCGCUCCAGGAGAUUGCCGAACUUCAAUCAAUUCUCUCAAACUGGACUCCUGCUUCCAAAGCCAAUGUCAAGGUUGCAGAACGGCUAGUAAAGUUGUAUGCACAAGAAGGACUCGAAGGCUACGCUGACCCGGCCUACUGCCAUGUGGCCUUGACAUACAGUGCUGCUGGUAGUGCUAGAGGUGCUCGGAAGUACUACGACCUUGCUCUAGAAUCACAUCAGCUCCGUCUAGGCCCAAUGGCAUCAGAUCUCGGAGCUUGUAAUGGCAUGAAAGACAAUAUUGAAAAGCACUGGAGUUGGAGACGGAGAAAAAGUGGGUGAUCACUGGAGCAGG